AUGGAAGCUACCAACGGCUACAACCACGACGAGUGGGAUACCUAUUACAAAUGGGAGCCUGAACUUGCAAUUUUCCACCAGAAGGCCCAGGAAGAGCAGAACCACAUGUUCAUCCAGAUUGACCAAAACGAUAUUUACGCCUCACAAUGCCUUGGGAAGCUUGUCAUGAUCGACUCACUGGACAGGAUAUAUGACAUCCAAAGCGGACUUACCGAUUAUGAUGAAUCCAUGCAAUUCCUCAAGCAGAUUGACUUCUACCAAGUCAUGGCUGAGCCGAGAGUCUGGCGCCACCAGACUACCAUUUAUCAACUGUUGGUUGACCUGUGCGGGCAACUUGAACAGUUGGUGUACAUUGGUGAGUUGAAACCUCAUAUCUCUCAUCUACCGAUGGGAUCCUUAUUCUUUAGUCCCGAACAUGCUGAGCAGAUGAUCUUGAACAGCUACGUCAAGUGGCGCUGGCAUCUAUGCAGUGUGGUGAUUGAGGAUAUCAAAAGGCGAGUGGAUGAUCUGAGUAAAUAUUUCGGGCGUUGGGCCAGACAGACCCCUGGAGAUUAUGGGGACAUAUUUCCUCCGAACCCCCUCGACCAGGAAAAUCAAUCUGAUGCAUCGGAGGUGUCGGAGAUUCGGGGAUUGACUAGGUUUGGGGCAGUAGCAUUGAAUUAA